ACGUUUUCUCGCUUCAACGUGAUAACCUUUUCGAUCGAGUAAAUGUUUUUAAUUCGAUUUAGUCCCGAUUUUGUGUCAAAUAAUAAAUAAAUAAAAUUGUCGUAAAUGAAUAAAAUUUAAGAAAAAUUUCCUCUUUAUUAUAUUCCGACUUUCUGAACGGAUGUGUCAGUAUUCUGUGUGUGAUUUCAUCAUUCUAACCUCACUUUCCGUAACCGCAUGAUAUUUCGUGUUCUGAGGACGACUGUAGCUUAACAUACCUAAAAAUUUCGAGUCCCUGACUAUAAAAAAAUGGAGGAAUACACCAGAGAGCCCUGUCCGUGGCGAAUAGUGGACGAUUGUGGCGGUGCCUUCACAAUGGGAGCCAUUGGUGGCGCCUUGUUCCACUCCUUCAAAGGCUUUCGAAAUGCACCUAGUGGGAUGAACAAGCGUUUCAUAGGCAGCAUAAUGGCAGUUCAGCAACGAGCGCCCGUAUUGGCCGGGAAUUUUGCCGUUUGGGGUGGCACCUUCUCCACAAUUGACUGCACCCUGGUCCACUUUAGGCGGAAAGAAGAUCCCUGGAAUUCGAUAAUCAGUGGCUCGGCCACCGGGGCUAUUUUGGCAGCGAGAAAUGGCGUGGCAGCGAUGACUGGCAGUGCAAUCAUCGGCGGGGUUUUGCUCGCGCUCAUCGAAGGUAUAGGCAUUUUUUACACACGCAUGAUGGCUGAUCAGUUCAAGCCAACCUCGAUUGUUGAUGAUCCGGCGCAACAGUUUGCAGAUCCCAAGCAAGGAUAUCCUUCAUAAUUUUUGCAGAUUGUAUAAUAGUUUUAUCGCUGAUUAGGUUCUAAUUUUCAACUACACUCGCUCGAUUUCUGCAAAGUGUAAUAAAUCUUGGCUACGAAGAAUUUCGAUCGAUUAUGUGUGACUAAGUUAAGGAAUGAGAAUAUAAUGUUUAUGUUGAUUUCUA